AUGACGGGAAAACCGGAGCCAACUACAAUACCAGAGAUCAAGUGCCAUGUACCACUGAAUACUUGUGGAAAAUGGGAAUGUCUGAAGAACUCCCUGCUUCCGACAUGUCGGAAAUGCACGACUGAGGUCAUCAUCUACCAAUGUGCUCACUUGAAGGUCAAGAAAUCACACCGCUGCGAAGGGUGCCGUCCUAGCAAGAACGAAUAUCCCAGCAGUCGACCAAUGCUACUACUCAAACCUCAUAAUGAAAACUUAUAUAAUACUAUUGUCUGUGCAAAUUAUUUGGACCACGAAGAACGUCGCGAAAAGCGAAAGGAGUUGAUUUCACAGCAAACAUUACCAGUCCUUUUCAACUCUCAGCCAGAGAGCCACAGGCGACUAAACCCUGAUUAUCCCGAUAAUCCGGACGCUACCUUUCGGAGACCAACAGUUAAAAUACAGCAAGGACCAAUACUCACGCCACUGCCAGCCUAUGGAGAUUAUAGAUACACUGAGGGAUAUCCGCAUGGCCAACCGAAUCCCCAAUAUAUCCCCGUCCCUGGCUCUGCGAUACCACCAGCUUGGGGACAGCCACUACAACCAUUGAUAAGAGGGGAAAAUCAGCAAAGACACGCAGAAUGGGAAAGAGAACGACAACGAGAAGAAGCCCGUGCAAGUAGGGCGGCCGACAGAAAAAGUUUCGAGGAAGCUGCCCGUUAUGAAUCAACCUUACCCCGAGGGAAAAGACGCCCGAGGGGGCAUUAA